GGUCACGACGCCGACAGCAACGACCGCGGCCACCACCACGAUAUCUCCACCGAAUUCGAUUAAAACUAUACCACUGGCAGUAAUAGUAAAAACGUCAAUUACAAAAAGAAAAAAGUGGUGUUAUUACUUCAACGUGCAUCUUUUACAAAAAGUUCCAUUACAUUGGCAGUGUUCAAUGUAUCAGUUGAAAAAUUAGAUGCAUAAACAAAAUAUCGCAGACACAAUGGAUGCAACGAGCAAUGGAACAUCAGGGAGUACAAUGGCUUGUCCAGUGUGUACCCUCUAUUUACGUGAGGGUAUCAGCUUACAGAGACAUUUGGACACUCAUCCUAAAGAACAAGUCAUUGAAGCUCUUAUCAAAGCUAGUACUAAUUCGUUACAUUUGCAACAAACUCAGUUGUCACCAUCAGCGCCUCCAGCAUCUCCAGCUAUACAAUCACCACAAAGUACAUCUCAAGUUACACAGAAUACUCAUGUAUCGGCUCAAUCUCCAUAUCCUAUAGGACCUAUUUUCGAAUGUCCACCCAUUGGCACUGUAAUGCCACCCCAGUUUGCUUCGUUCAGUUAUCAACAGUUUGUAAAUAAUGGCACUAUGAUGAUACCACAAUACGCAAUGGGUCCACAAGCUAAUCAGAUGAUGCAGAUGCUUUAUAAUCCAUAUGGCAUGUACCAGCAACAACAGAUACCGACUGUUCAGAUGAUCUCACCAGUCACAACUAUAUCGAACACAGCAAGAAUUAGGCCAGUGGUGACCAUGGCUGGUGAAACAAGCGGUAGAACUGCCAUUGCUGUGUCUGUAAAUAAUUCCGAGCCAAAACAAAUUUUACCUGAAAUUUUACCUGAGUCAGAGCAAGAGUCUAAACAAGUGUUACCAGAUAUCAAUCUUCCAGUUUCUCCUCCAUCGUUGAAUGAGGAUAAUUCUAUACAACAAAAUGAAAAUGGAACUAGUACAAUUCAAAUAGAGCAUGUGGAAGAACCUCAUGGUUCAAGCACUGAUCAUCAGCAUAAUAUACAAAAUGAAUAUGAUAGCAUUCCAAAAACAUUAGAAAUCACUUGUAAUGUUGUUGAUACUAGUGAUGAUAAAGUUGAGAGUGUAUUACCAGAUAUCGAUGAUGGAGAAUCACAAGUUAUCACUGCAGAUGUUCAGUGUAAACCCAUUCAUUAUGAAUCUUCAGAGAUGCAAGAAUAUGUGCAGAGAUAUAAAGAUGAUAAUGAUAGUAGUAAAAUUAUCAUGCCUGAGAUAUCCAUGGUAAGUGAGAGUGAAACUGAAAAAACAACUAAUGAAAAAGUUCCUCACAGAAAAGAGAUAAAUGAAAAUCAAGGUACCUCAUCUGAAAUGCCUAUAAGAGAUACAAUAAAAGAAUCAGCUCAACCUCAAGUAGAACAAUUAGAACACCUUUUAAUCACUAUUGUGGAAUCUGAAUUUAAUAGUGAAUCACAAAAAGAAUCUGAUGACAAAAAGAAAGAUGAAGUUCUGGAACCAAAAUCUUCCCCUGAAAGAGCAGAAAGUGUAAUUCAAACUAGUAAUCCUGUUGAACAUGAUAGCAGUUAUAACCCUGACAUAGAAAUAAAGAUGAAUGAGAGUUCAGAAAAUUAUCUAGAUAGUGAAGAAAAUAAAAAUUCUUGUCUUUUGUAUCAUUAUAAAAACAGUUUAUCUGCACCUGCAUCACCAGCGGUACAAAAAAAGUAUAGGACAUAUUCAGUUCGUUCAGACUUUGGAUCAAAUGAAACUCUUAAUUCUUAUCCAAUUGGUUUUGAUGCAAAUACAUUGCAAGAUGAAGAUGAAGAGGAUGAAAAAAAUGAAGCAGAAGAUAAUUUUGAUGAGGCAGAUAUGGAGAUAGAAGAAAUACCUAGCCCACACACACCUUUUGUUAAAUAUGGAGAGGGUACAGAUCAUAUUAGAUCACAUACUCCAUUAUCUGUAAGUAGCGGUAUCUCUGUAUUGAGAGUUAGAAAAGAUCUCAGUAAACCAUGCUCACCUGCAUCAGUACAUUCAUUUUGUCAUAUGGAUGCUAAUGAUAUAAGUCACGAUGAAGAAAGUAAUGCAGCAAUGGAUGCAUCUCCAGAAAAAGAUCCUAUUGAUUGUUCUUCAAUUGAACAAGAUGUAAAAGCUGAUCAAUCAGAACUUUCUAUAUGUGAAAAUGAAAAGAAAGUAAUAGACACAGCAUAUCAGUCUGUAAUUACUGAACAUGUGAGUUCAUUUCCUACAAUUCAUUCUCAACAAUCAACAUCGAUAGAUGAGUCAUAUAAUGCAACAAACAAAAGUCAUAAUCUUGUAAAUUUGUCAGAAUCUAGUGAUAUUGCAAGUAGUUCUGAUUCAAAAAGCUUUCACUCUAAAUCAAUUAUACAAAAGCAAUCGGUGGAACUUCUUAGUUUAAACGAGGAUGCUCAUGCAGGUCCAAUGAAUAUGUUUGAAUUAGAUGGUCUUCAAAUAUUAGUUCCUAGUACAUUUAUAAGUGAUUCUUCACAAAAAGCUGUUAGUGCAACCAGUCAACAGUCUAUGGCGAGUAGUGAAGGAGGAAUAGGUGUAGAUGAAGAAGUGAAAAGUAUUAACAUGAGGGCUGAUGAAACUAUGCCACCUAGAGGUGAAUUAUCGGAACAAGAAAGCAAUGGAUGUACAGAGCAAUCAGCUUGGCAGUUGUAUGCUGGUCAAGAAUCAUCACGAAUGUCAACCUCUUAUGAUUUGAUGGCACGUGAAAGUUGGGAAGAAUCAGAAGGAUCAGACAAUGAAAUUAGUGGUCCGUUAUUAGAUAGCAGAUCUUUAGCCACACAUUUUACAUCAAGUUUAUUCUUAGAUCGAGAUAGAAAAACACCGACAAAAAGAACAUUUAAAUGUUAUCAUUGCCCAGAAACAUUUGAUUGUCCGAAAGAACGUCGAGUACACAGUACUACCGUGCAUCAAGAAGCCGGACCCAGUAGCAGCAGAGAAUCAACGGAUCAACCUGAAGUGAAGGAUAUUAAGUUGCUGGAUGGUCGCAUGAAUGCAUUUGACGAUUUUUUUGUACCGGGUUUACACGUUCAACAAACUUACCAUCAACAACCGCUUUUACAUCAACUCCAACCACCGCAAUCAUCGGAAUUAACAGCAAAAGUAGAACCUGAUCAAAAAAUCGAAACGUUGGUAAUACCAUCGAAUAUCGAGGUGAUUUGUACACUUUGUAAUCAAAGAUUUAGUAGUGAAAAAUCGUUACAAUUACAUCAUAAAAGAGUACAUGUUACAGAAACAGCGAAAAGAAUUCGAGAGAGUACUAAGUGCCAGAUAUGUAACGAAGAAUUUCCUUCGGUUUUACUGUUUAAUGCCCACCUAAAAAUACAUCCGUUAGAAUGUAGCCAGUGUGGGAAGUAUUUUUAUAGGAAACAAAAUUUUAAAUUACAUAUGAAACGACAUCUAGGAAUCAAACCAUUUCCGUGUACCGUUUGCGACAAAACAUUUUUGACAAAACAAAAAUUAGACGAGCAUACCAAUGGCCAUACCGGGAAUGCACCUGUCAAGUGUAAUCUUUGCAAUGAAACGUUUCGCAGAUAUUCAAAUUUAACACAGCACAAAAACAGACAUCACUUGAACAUAAAAAAGAAAUUGAAGGAUUACAUAUGUCACUGUGGUGAGAUUUUUCAUACAAAGAAGAAAUUAGCCUGGCAUAAGGAAACACACGAUGAAAAACCAAAAGCAUGUACAUACUGUAACGAAAGAUUCAUUCACAUGGCUAGCCUGACUCGACACAUGCGUCGAGCUCAUAACAGAAGAUUUGUUCCCGAUGCUCAAAGGGAAAACGAAAACGUUGAAUGUCCCAUAUGUAAGUGUAUUUAUUUGCGAUCUUCCUUAGCAGUACAUAUGCGAGUUCACAAUGGCGAAAGACCAUACGAAUGUCAAGUUUGCUCGAAGGCAUUUAGUACUAAGUGGAAUUUACAAUUGCACAAAUGGACUCACGCUGCUCGUAGCACCAAACCCUUUAAAUGUAAUCAGUGUAGUGCCGCGUUUUACCGGCACAGCGAUUACACUGCUCACAUGAAUUCCCAUAGAAAUGUGCGUCCUUUUACCUGCAAUUACUGCGGUGCGCAAUUCAUACGAAAGUAUAAUUGUUUAAGGCAUGUGAAGGAACACGAAGAAAGCAAAGCGUAUACAUGCGAUGUUUGCAACAAAACGUUUCAUAGAUCAUAUUAUCUGAAAGAACACUUGCGAGUACAUUCAGGUGCCAGACCAUAUACAUGUCAUAUUUGUGGAAAAUCUAGCGGUACGAAAUCCAAUCACAACAAACAUGUCAGAAUUCAUCAUGCACGCGAACCUGUAAAUACCGAAAAUUAAAGAACGAACGAGAUUUCCAAUCUAUUUAGUCAAUAUCAAUAUUGUUUUACGAAUGAUGAUUUUACGAUAUUUUACUGUAUUCUUUUAUCUUUUAUUUCUUUAUCAAUGAUAGAAACUAAUUGAGCACAAAACAAAACGUGACGAAACAAAUGUAAUAUAAAUGUGUUACAUAGUUUUGUUUAAAUCUCGUUCGUUUUUAUUAUCGUUUACUAAAUACUUUAACAUAGACAUUUUAAACUUGAAUCAUGUGCUAGUACUACUAGCGGUAUUAUGGAAUGAAAAGGUUUAAUUUGUCUUAUCCGCAAGAAAAGACGAUUUUACAUUGUGUACAGUGCAGUUUCACUAUAUGGCCCUGGACAGGAUUAUAAGAGUGGAUAAAAUUAUGGAAUGGGACAUAUAAAAUGGAACUUCUAUCGUGCAGUGCUUAAACAUUUAAAUUUCUGAACUUCCUGUUUUUUAAAUCUGAGAAAUUUCUAAAUUUCUUGAUUUGAGAUUUGAAAAUUUCCCAAUUUGAAAAUCUGAAAAUUUGGAAUUUCUUGUAGAUCUCCAUGUGCUGAUGAUUGAGAAGUACCAGUAAUGUAUGUGAAAAUCCAUACGAAGGGCAAUCUUUAAAUGGGCGCCAUAUAGCGAGACUACACUGUACUGUACAUUGUGCACUAUGUGUAGCACUUCGAAAAUUUUCGUCAUAUAGUCUGCUAAAUACAAUGACUCGAGACUGUAACUACUUAAGAUAAUAAGAAAUUUUUAAUGAAUAUUAACUGAUACAUGUUGUCUGGAAAUUUGAGUAAUUUCCAUAAAGGGAAGACUAUAAGAUGAAAUGCUUUUGCCAACUUACACUAAUUAACUAUUAGGUAAUAAUAACUAACUGAUCAAUAUUAUGGAAUCAUUAAGCACUUUUUAUGUGUUGAUCAUUGUACGAAAUUUUUUUACAAUAACUAUUUUACACGAAGCAUGCAUAUUGUGAUUUUAUGCAUUGGCAUUGAAUGUAAGAAAGGAUAAGAAGGCCCAUAUUUAUCUGCGUUAAGUUUAUAUGACGCAUAUGGCCCUAUUGACAAUUAGCGUUAUUAAUUAUCACAAGGUAGUUACGGAUCUUAGUUAUUAUUCUUUUAUAUUUAUAUAUUUUGCAAAAUAUCAUAAUUUUUAUCUCUAAUCGUAAUUCCAAGACUGAUCGAUGUUGGUUCCUCAUAUUGCUCUCCGAUAGAAAUUUAAUAUGUUAUGUAUCUGAAGUACGUAAUAAGUAGGAUUUUAGAAUCUAAACUUGAACAAAGUUUUAGAAGAUAUUUACGUUUAUAAAUAUGUUUGGUAUGACGCUGUGGCAAACAUCUUAACGUAUGUUGAUUGUUUUACAUCGAGAUAUUAGAGGAUUUAUUAACGCUUAACUUUUAAGAGAGCAAUAUGAAAUAGGGGAGCGAUGAACUACUACAUGUAUUCAAAUUUUAUUGUACUGUAUUAAAGGACCCGUUGUUGUUGUGAAACUAAGUUUCUGUAAACUGUUAUUAUAAAUUUAAACAAAACUGCAUGCAACAUUUUAAACGAUUAUGCUGUUUCCGUAUUAUAUAUUGAGUUUGUAUUUUGUUGAUGAUUAUUUUUUAGGAUUCGUAAUAUGUAACUGUUCAUAUUUUUGUUCGUAUACAGGAAGAAACUGUGCUUCGCUGUGGUUAAAUAUAAAACGGUUUUUAAUAUCGUGAACGAUCAAGCAAUUUAAAUUUAUUUACAUAUAUACAUGACCAACAUCGACGUCCAAACGUGCAAUCGUUUAGUUAAACACGUGCAUUCUAAGCGAAUGCAAUUGUAGAUAAUGUAAAUAUGUAUAUCAGUUUUAUUUUAUAACUGGGCCAACGAAUUGUGUUGGCAACUAAUAAUUGUCUAAAAGCAACUCGUACUCUUAUGAGAAUAAAAAAAUAGAAUAAUUAUUAUCAUAAAAAGAAACUAUAAAUCAGCAACAUGUGUAUACCUUAAUAAAAAUUAUGUAUUGAGGUACUUUUUUAAAUAA